GUCACCGGGUUCCCCCCUCGUCGGGCUCGCCUCUGUUUGGUUCCUGCGCAGUCGUGCACGAGCAGAGCAGCAGCUGCGACGCACAACCAGAGAGAGAAGAAGAGAAGGAGGAAGAAGAAGAAGAAGAGGAGGAAGAAGAAGAGGAAGAAGAAGAAGAGGAGGAAGAAGAAGAAGAAGAGUCUCAGAUGUGCUGGCUUUGUGAGUUGACUUGAUGACAGCGCCCUCAGGAGGUGGGAGGAGCGUCUGCAGAACCAAAUCUCAGUUGAAACGUCCGGCUUGUGACCACGCUCAUGUUCCUGCGGAGCGCCGAGUAGCUCUGUAUCAAACACCAGUGUAGAGCUCGGAGCAGGGUCUGGUUUCCAGUAUGGAGGGCGUAGCCGUGCAGAACCUGAUAGACUUCGACCUUCCCUCCGAGGCCACAGCUCUGAGCGUAGAUGGAGGCAGACACGAAGGACACACAGACAUUUUCUCCCCAGAGCCGGUGUCUUCCACCGGAAUCCAUCAGCAGCCAUUACUGCCAGAACCCAUGGCACCAACCAGGUCUCUCCACCACCACCACCACCACCACCACCAAGAGGAAGGAGACAGCGACGCCACAGAGUCGGCAGACAGCGAGAACGACAUGGACCUGCCCUCGCUGAGGAGGUCGUCGUCGUCUUCUGCUCACAGUCGGGAGGACGCCGACGCCGAGACGCUGGAGGGGAGGCAGUUCAUGAAGGCUUAUGUGGAGAAGGUGUUUCACGGAAAGGACGAAUUCGACCAGGAGGAGAAGGCUCGAUUUGGGGAACUGUGCAGCGGAGAGACGAGCAAAGGCCGAGAGUGGUUCGCUAAAUACGUCAGCGCACAGCGCUGCCAUUCCAAGUGUGUGAGUGAAGCCACCUUCUACAGGCUGGUGCAGUCGUUUGCAGUCGUUCUGUUUGAAUGUUACCAGAUGGACGACUACAGUCCAGCUAAAAACCUCAUGACCAUGUGCUUCACAUACUACUACAUAGGGAAGUCUCAGCCGUCUCCGUCGGAGCUGCUGGACCGCGGCGGUCCUCCCGCUCCUCUGGACUUGUACUUCAACAAGGCCAACUCGUGGCUGACGGGGAAAAAGGACGCAGCCGAGCGCCUCCUUAAAAACACGUCCAAGUCUGAUGUCAAAGGUUUCUUCGGAGGCCUGGAGAGCAAACUGAGGAGCUCGAUGGCUCCAAAGACUGAAGACGAGGAAAACCCUUCGGAGACGAAGCCCAAAUCACCAGUGUCUGAAGGUCCAGAGGAGAAGAGAGGGGAGAAGGUUUAUCUGUACGGUCACCUGAAGCAGCAGCCCAUCUGGCACACGCUGAGAUUCUGGAACGCUGCAUUCUUUGACGCGGUUCAUUGUGAGAGGAAGAAGAGAUCUCCGACCACCAGGGGAACGCAGGAUGAAGAGAAAGACGAGAGAGAGAAGUGGUGUCACAUGACCCAGGAGGAGCGAGACGACAGCUCCAAGAUGGACGAGAACAUCGCCUUCGGUCAGCUGGGGACAUUCACUCACAACAUGCUGGCGUUCGGGCUCAGUAAGAAGCUGUGUAACGACUUCCUGAAGAAACAGGCGGUCAUCGGAAACCUGAACGAGGAGCAGUACAAGUUGCUGAGCGACCACAUAGAGAGAAUGGCGGCAGAGUGAGUUUGAGGACGACGGGUCUGACACGGAAAACUUCGUCUCAUCUAAAUAUCGUGACCAACUUUGCGUUUGUGUGGUUUCCUGCCGAGAUGCAGCGUCUGUACUGAACUGUGCCGUAGUCGUAGCAAACGCUGUUCGUCCAGCUCCUCCGCAUCCUGUGUCAGCAAAGACACGACAUCAUCAGCUGGUGCAUGAUUUCAUCGGUAUAACGUCGUCUGUGAAACCAGUGAAUAUAAAAAGCAGCCUCGGUGUUAGAUUAUACAUCUACGUGCUGUUUUAUCGUGUGUGUCCAUGGUGAACAUAUUUAUUACAUGUUACAGAAAUACUGUAUGAAGUAUAAAACAUCGUCCUGCAUCUGCACACAGUUCAAACCUGACGAGUACAAUAGCACCUGGCUCAUAGUGUUUUAAUCGUCUGAUCAUAAAAGUUCACUCAACACUCUUAUGAUCAUCUGCAGUGUGAUAUUAUACUUCUUAGAUACACACUGACAAUACAGCGUUGACAAAAGUACUGCAGUAUUGAUAGUAUCCCUUCAUGCCUUCUCUUGGACUAAUAGAAAGUGUUAAACGAGAAGAUUUAACUCUCUCUUUGUACGCAGGCUAAAAAUGAAGCUACAGCAAGCAGAGGGUUAGCUUAGCUUAGCAUAGAUGCUGGAAACCCCAACCAAAGGUAACAUCGUGUGCUUCCUAGAACCUCUACAGCUCACUGAUUUGUUCAAUCUGCACCAAACGUCAUGUCCCGCCUCCUGCUGCUCUACAGGCCCCACCCCCCGCCUGAAUGUUCCCCACGUGUCCCUGUUGUUGUGAACGAGUUGGACGAUCUUCUGUUGACGAAACACAAAUACAGAACGUGUCCAGAGUUCAACGACAGCUUUACCGUUUCCCCUCUGCUUCCUGUCUUUACACUGAGCUAAGCUAAAGCUAACUGGCUGUUGGCUGUAGCUUCAUCUCAGACGAACUACUUCAUUCUCAUAUAUACUUUCCCUCGGGCUAAUAUUUAUAGUGCGGAGGUUGUAAUUUUAACGUUUUGUCUUUUCGUUGGUAACUCGACAUCAGUUACAUCAUCCGUCCAAAGUGCCUUCCAGGAAAUCUUUCUCCUUUGAUGCUUCCUUUGAUCCCACGACUAAACACUAAUGCAGGAGCCUCCAGAUAUUUUCACCUCUUCCACAACCGCUGCAUGAAAAGAAUUCACCGUAUUGUUGUUGUGUGUGAACUGCAUGUGCAUCAAUCUGUGGAAACAGAAUCACAGAGAAUGACUGAAGCUGUGCUGGGAGUAGUUGUGUUACCACAUCCGACCACUGCGGGGCGGCAAAUCACUUCUCAGUGAAAGAUUCCUGAAAGUGAAAUACAUCAUCGACUGCUGGACGAGGCUCCAUCCAUUCUGUAAAUACUGUAAAUAUAUAUAUUUUUCUGUGUGUGUUGUACAAAUCAAUCACGUGCUGCCGUCUGUGACGUGUCGUGAAUCGUUAAUUGCAGAUGUAAUUGUGCUUUAAUUGUGUUUACGACAAAUAUCUCAGUGUUGUUUUGAUUCUGAACUUCACACACACACACACACACAAUAUUUUAAUCUGUGGUGUAGAUGUGCAGAGUCAUCGUAUGGAAAGUGUCAUGUAAUUUUUGUAUGUCAGUGUUUAUUGCACACAGGCUGAAGUAUUGAUCUGUGUAUUUGACUGUUUGCACUACAUUUAGUCUCAGAAUCUUCGUGCUCUCCGGAUGUUACACCGUUAAAUUUCAUGCUGUAUUUGUUCUGCACGUCCUGUUCGAAGGAAAAACGACUUUUGUUUUUUACCUUGUUGCUUUUGUGUAAAGUAUCAACCAAGUGAGAUGAAUCAUUAAAGCAGCCACUGGAUUCAUUCAAAUCAAAUCACUGUCGAUGAUGUCGCAUGUUUUUAUUCUGGAUCUGUCUCAGGUGAACGCGAUCAUUUCAACCAGUCUGACUCUGCGGGUGAAGAAUGUUGGUGUUAACCUGACAUUGGCGCCAGUUUCAGGCGGCGUUCACCUCACGUUACGCUUCCGGCAUAUUUUUAAAUUCGCCAAGAACAACCUCUGAGCUACGGCCCUCACUCUGAAAAUGGUUUUUCGGUUUCAGAUUUGGAUAUUGUGCAAUCACACAAUCUGAAUGUGUCGUCUUUUAAAGAAAGUUGUUGAUAUUCCCAGCAGCCUCCUCUUCGUCAUUAUUAUUAUCGUCACCCGCCCGCUAGCUUGCUAAAUCAUUCACCUUGUGGUUUCUCGGCACUGACGGAAACUUCCCCACGUCGUCACCACAACCUAACGUGGAGGGAACGGAAUGGUUGUGAAUCAUCUCGGCUCGUGUUAGACAGUUUCUGUUGUGCAUGACCACGUUGUCGUUCUGUUCUUGUGGUAAUAAAAAACGUAUCCAGUU